UCAGCCCCUCCCGUCCGGUGUGGGUAGGUGUGUGUGUGCAGAGCCCAGACAAGUUAGCCAGAGUUUCCAGUUGCCACUACCGUCUUGGAUUUUGCCGCCGAUCACUCCUCGUCGCCGGCACCGGUAGGCACUUUCUCUUCCCUUCAAUUCUUCUUUCGCAUUCGAUUCCAAUCAAUCUCCUGCCUCUGAGGCCUCUUUCUACAGUCCCCAGUUUUGUGCGGAUUCAUGUGUGUAAAUUGGAUUUAUACAUGAACUCAAUUGAUGGGACAUAAAAAGCGAAACCCUGCCCCGCGUUCCAAACAAUCGGCGGCGGCUUCUCCGGUGACACAAUCUGCCAUCGGCGGAGCCGCCAAUGGCCCUGCCUCAGCCGAGUCCGAGUUGUGCAGGAGUUCUAAUCACACUAUUCAAAGCACGAGUAAGAUCGAGCUGCCUCCUCACCCCGAGCCGUCGGCCUACUCCACUAUCAAGCUUGAAUGUGAACGAGCCCUCAAUGCGCUCAGGCGUGGCAACCACACAAAGGCACUGAGGCUUAUGAAGGAGUUAUGCUCCAGACACGAGAGCUCCGCUUACUCGGCCUUGAUUCACCGAGUUCAAGGUACCAUCUGUGUCAAAGUGGCCUCAAUUAUUGAUGAUCCAAGUGCGAAGCAAAGACAUUUGAAGCAUGCUAUUGAGUCUGCCCGAAAAGCCGCGGAGCAAUCGCCCAGUUCUAUUGAGUUCGCACAUUUUUAUGCAAAUUUGUUAUACGAGGCAGCGAAUGAUUCGACUGAAUACGAGCAGGUGGUGAAGGAGUGUGAAAAAGCACUCGGGAUUUCAAAUCCAAUUGAUCCUGCGAAGGAGAGCUUGCAGGACGAGAGCCAGCAGAAAAUAUCAACUGCAGACGCCCGGAUAGUACAUGUUCAGAAUGAGUUGCGGCAGCUAAUUCAGAAGUCAAACAUAGCUUCCUUGUCAACGUGGAUGAAGAAUCUUGGUAAUGGGGAGGAGAAAUUCCGUUUGAUUCCGAUAAGGAGGGCUACAGAGGACCCAAUGGAGGUGAGGUUAGUUCAAGCUAGAAGGCCAAAUGAGAUAAAAAAGGUGACCAAGACACCUGAGGAGAGAAGAAAAGAAAUUGAAGUUCGAGUGGCUGCUGCAAGGCUGCUGCAGCAAAAGUCAGAGUCACCCCAAUCCCAGAACGAAGGGGACAGGGAUGACAGGACAUUGGAUUCAUCUUCAGGAUCUGGGCAGAGGAUAAGUGAGAGGCGGAAGUAUGGACAUGUCCGAAAAGCUGGCUCUACAUCUGAAAGGAGAGAUUGGGUACGUUUAUAUUGGAAUUCGAUGAGUAUUGAUUUGAAGAAGGAGUUUCUUAGGAUUAGGAUAUGUGAUCUCAAAUCUCACUUUGGCUCUUCAAAGGAUACUUUGCUGAAUGACAUAGUAGCAGAAGCUUUGUCGUAUGCUGAGGCUAACAAAACGUGGAAAUUCUGGCUUUGCUGCCGCUGUAGUGAGAAGUUUUCAGAUUCAGAAUCUCACAUGCAGCAUGUUGUGCAGGAACACCUGGGGAAUCUCUUACCUAAAAUGCAGAGACUUUUACCUCAAAAUGUAGACAAUGAAUGGAUUGAGAUGAUUCUUAGCUGUUCUUGGAAAGCUCUGGAUGCCUCUGCUGCAGUCAAAAUGCUUGAAAAUCAAGCAAAAUGCAAAGAUUUUUCGUUUCCUGAGGAUACCUAUAUUGAUCAUACUGAGGAGCACCAUUAUUGCUUUAAAGACGCUAAUAAUUCUUUACCUGAAAGGGGACAUAGCCUUGCUACCUGUGCACCAAAUAUAAGUAAUCAUUGUAAAUCUGAGGAAACUAAUAUUACAGAAGGUGUUGAAGUUGAACGGUCUGUAGCAUAUUCCCUUGCAGAUGGUUGGCCAUUGUCAGAUGACUCUGAGCGUGCAAAACUUCUUGAGAAAAUUCGUGCAGUUUUUGAUAUGCUUAUUAGACACAAAUGUCUUGCUGCUAGUCAUCUUAGCAAGGUCAUACAAUUUGCCAUGGAUGAGAUUCAUGGACUUGCUGCUGGGUCUCAGCUUCUAAACCAUGGUUUAGACCAGUCACCAACGUGCAUAUGCUUUUUAGGAGCCCAUCAACUUAAGAAAAUUCUCAAAUUUUUGCAGGAACUAUCACAUACUUGUGGUUUGGGUAGAUAUGCUGAUAAAAGUACUAGUCCCAUGGAUGAUUUACACAAUUCAAAUCAAAUUCCUGAGAUUAAAGAGAAGAUUGUUCUCAAUGGAGAUGCAUCAUGCCUUCUUCUAGAUGAAUGUUUAGUGCCUGCAGAAAUCACUCCAGGUGCUACUAAGAGUGCUGCAUUGGAUGAUGUAAUUACCCCAACUUCUAAUGACGUAGUUUUACAUAACACCGGUCCUUUCCUAUCUUGGAUAUUUUCAGGUUCAUCUUGUGGAGAUCAAUUGACCUCAUGGAUGAGAACAAAAGAAGAUAAAAGAAAUCAAGGAAUGGAACUUCUCCAGACUCUUGAGAAGGAGUUUUAUCACCUACAGAGCCUCUCUGAGAAGAAAUGUGAGCGCUUGAAUUAUGAGGAAGCACUGCAGGUAGUAGAGGACCUUUGUCUAGAAGAAGGUAAGAAGAGGGAAAAUUUCACUGAAUUUGUUCAGCAAAACUAUGGAUCUGUUCUCAGAAACCGGAGAGAAGAGCUCAUUGAGAGUGAGAAUGAUGUCAUGUAUGUUAGCAAUAGAUUUGAGUUGGAUGCUAUAACAAAUGUACUGCAAGAAGCAGAGGCAAUGAAUGUUAAUCAAUUUGGUUAUGGGGAAAAUUAUACUGGUGGAUGUGACGUGGAAUCAGGUGAAGAUGAUGAAUGGAGAACAAAACAAAUGGAUAGCUACAUAGAAAUAGCCAUUCAGAAACUGAAGGAAAACCUAUCUGUGGAGCUUAGCAAAAUUGAUGGACGGAUCAUGAGAAAUGUUACAGAGAUGCAGCAGUUGGAGCUCAAGCUUGAGCCUGUUUCUGCUUUUGAUUAUCGUGCAAUAUUACUGCCUCUAGUGAAGUCAUACCUAAGGGCACGUUUGGAAGAUUUGGCUGAGAAGGAUGCGACGGAGAAGUCUGAUGCUGCAAGGGAAGCAUUUUUGGCCGAGCUUGCUCUUGAUUCAAAGAAGGGUGUCAAGGGGGGAAGUGAUGGUGCAAAACAUAUGGAGAAAACGAAAGAUAAGAAAAAAAAUAAAGAGAACAGGAAAACAAGGGAUUUGAAGGCUACAUAUGGUCAUGAGCAGCUCAUUCUGGACACUGCUACUCCCGAUUCUUAUUCUGCUGCGCCUGAUAAUGACCAUGAUUCCAUUCUUGUUUCUACAAUUAGUGCUGACUUGGAACAACUGGAAGAGGAAGUGAGACGUAAAAUUGAGUUAGAAGAAGAGGAAAAAAAACUUGAAGAAACUUUGGAGUUACAACGACGAAUAGAAAAUGAGGCUAAACUGAAGCACCUCGCUGAGCAGCAAAAGAAAUCUUCUGUGACGUAUUUGGAGAAGUCAGCUGACAAAUUUCUGGAUUGUCAGUUAAGGGCUGUUGCUGAUGGUCCAGAAGUUCAUGAACAUAUGAGACCGCCUAUGCUGGAGCAGUUGCCAAAUAUUAAUGGUUACCCUAGCAAUUCAGAUGGUGUGCAUAUUGCCACAUCAAAUGGUUCUGCGGUACCAGACAUAUCUUUACUCGAUUCAGUUAAUCAAACUAUUCAUCAUAAGCAUCCAACAAAUAUCAAACAAGCAGAUCUGUCUUGCAAAAUAGCUCCUGAAAAUGAUUUUCAGCUGGCUGAGCAGCGGACAGGUAAAAAGGGUAAACGGCAUAAAAAUUCUUCCAGAUUGGUUGUUGGAAAGUUUGAGGCUGUCUCAUUGGAUAAAGAGAACACUGAUGCAUAUACCGACAAUCAGUCAAGAGAGCAGGUUAAAUUCCACAACAAUCAGGAUGCUAACAACGGUUAGUUUACUCUUUUCCAAGGUUUAUUUCCGUGGUAUAUUGGUUAUGUUACCUUUUAUCUUGGGUUUGGCUGCAGUUGAUGUAUGUGCUCAUACUGUAAGAAAAGCAUUUAACUGUUAGUUAUCUAUUACUUUUUUGGUUGCUUGUUUAUGGUCUAUAUGCUAGUGGCUCAAGAAAAUGCUCAAGGAUGCAUAGUUGCUUGACAGCGUUCAAUAAAAAUAUUUAUUCAAAAUAUACUCCCUUUAAUGUACGACAGGGAGGGUCUAUGGGGCUUAGUAAACUGGCAUUCAAGAUUUAAAAUGGGGGUUGUUGGAGAAAAAUUGUGGAUUUAGUGUUGAUUGGUGGUAUCUCAAGAAAACAGCAUUCUGCGUGCAACAGGGUGUGGUUUUAAGGGAUGUUUAGUGGCUGUUUAGGAGCUAUUAACAAGCUAGAACUGAUUGAGUAUUCUAUGGGAUUUGAUUAUUAGUGGUGUUUGCCAAAGGAGUCAGGUGGGCCUGUCCAGAAAACUGAUGAAAACAGAGUAGACGUUAUGAUGAAGGAAGAUACCAGGCUUCAUACCUAUGGCCCCCUGGGCAUCUUGUUUAAGGUUUGAUGGCAUCUGAUGCAAGACUGGAAGUUGACCCUGGAUCACAACUUCAGAGAAUCAAAUACAUGCAUAGAAUGGUUUCCUUGUGUGGCUUACUGAUCUUGUCCUGUCAUAGGAAGCCCUGUUAGGCUGUUGGUCACUCAUUCUAGAGAUGUGUUCAAUGAGCUUAUGCUGGACCUUAUAUGCAUUGAUGUGUAUGGUAUUUGAACUAUAGCCUUUGAAUAAAAUAAGUAAAUAAAUAAAUAAAUAAAUGAAGGUUUGAUAGCAUCCCCCAACCAAAGAAGAGGGCAGUUUGCUAGCACAAUAGUGUAACCUGAUCAUUCUGUCCAAAAUAUAACAAGCCUUAUCCCACUAGUUGGGGCUUGUCCAAAAUAAAGUAUUAUGAUAUUUAGAUAGGCCUCUUGUAACUUGAAAGAUAUUUGUAUUCUAUUCUAAUGAUAAUGGAGAUGAUGGUUUGUGACCUAAUGGAAGAUAGUAGCCAAUGAAGUCAUAGGGAACACAAGCUGCUGCUUGAACAACUUGUUGAACCACAAACACUUGACCAAUGCACACAGUGACGUACCUAGGUCAAAUCAUGAAUUGACAGCGUUGUGAACUUGGAUCACCAAUCUAAGAACAAAUUAAUGAGAUAAGGUUACAAGAGCCAAAAAAAUGACAUAGUUCUCGCACAAUGUAGAGAAAACACUCUGCUAACAAUUCCAAUCUGAAAAAUAAUUGCAGUGGUAUUUAUAGCCAAAAGUUGCCUAAUAAUCCUAUGAAUAUUCUUUCCAAAAUAAAUUUGCUAGGAAACUACUUAUGACUCUAGCAGAAUACAAAAUCAAAAUUUUCCUAAAAUAAAAUAGCUAGAAAACAGGAAACUAGUCUAGAUAGUAGGAAACUAAAUGAGAUGGCAA